AUUUUUCUGUUAUAUACUAAAAAAAGUAUGGCUAUUAAAAAGACUUUGGUAACCUUUUUUUUCUUCGUAAUAUUAACAGUUUUGAUGUCUAACAACAAUAGUUUAGCUUCAGGUGCAAAAAUCAACAAAGACAAAUAUACUUGCGGUAAAACUUUGUGUACGGACAAUUACACAUUGUAUAUGUGCAUGACUGACUGUGCUGAGGAUGGAUAUGCAAUGGGAUAUUGUCUAUCUCCUUCUCCAAAUGCUCCUAAAACAUGUUGUUGUACUUCCUAUAAGUAAUGGUUUGAGAAUUGAAUUUAUAUUAUUAUAAUGUAUGAACAAUAAUUAAUUAAUGCAAUAAAUAAUUUGUUAUGCAUAUAACAAAGUUCAAUAAAAAUACAUAUUUAUAUUCAAAACAAAAUAAAAUAUACAGUUUA